CCAGAAGUUGUAUAAUAUGCGCAGAGUGAUCUACCUGCUGUUUGUGAGCUGAGAGCACAUUUAACUCCAGAACUUGCUUUGUUACCACUAGACAAAAGAGCCACUGGAGCAUCAAUUUUACCUCUACCGCUUCCAUCUACGACCCGAUUUAUUUUCUGAGUCAUUUGCGCUUGGAUUCUGUCGGAGAAAGGCAGGUUUACUUUGCAGCCAGUUUUAUCAGAUUCGAUUCUUGACAUGGAAAAGACGGCUAUUGGAGCCCUGCCAGGCCUCGUUGUUGUGGCAAGCGUUAUCACCUUGUUCGCUCAGCCGACUCGUUCCCAGGGAACGGACCUUACUACAAUUCCUGAAUCAUUUGGUGUGGCCGUAGUGGAAGCUACGGUGAGACGGAUCAACCGCCUGGACGGGAUCAAUAGGGACCUGCGGGCGGACUACAGGUUCAUCCGGCGCAUCGCUUGGGUUGAAACCACCGACGGCACCGAUCAGUUCACCUACUCUGAUCAGAACUACCACGGGGGAAUCUGGCGAGUGGAUCGCUCCGUCUAUGACUUCACCAUGACCAUGUACAACAAUCCGCGAUACGCUUCUCUCUUCAGUGACGUUGAAGCACUGAUGCAGAUCAACUGGAGCCGAACCACGUGGCAAGAUUGCCGCAAACCGCUGUAUUCGGCACUCGCCGCACGACUGUACUUCCACAGCAUACAGCCCAAUAUCCCUCAGGGAAUUACUCUCCAGGCAACGCUUUGGAGGACUAGAUAUCACGAUCAACCGUCGGAUACGGUAGGAGAUUUCAUUGCAAAGGUGGAAGAUCUUGAAAGUGAGGGGUGUUCUGUGAAUCAGAUAGACCUUGUCUUCGUUCUGGAUAGCUCAGGUAGUGUCGGACAGUCCAACUUCGAAAAGACCAAGAGCUUCGUUUCGAAUGUGUCGGAGUCCUUUCAGAUCGGCGCUGACCAGACCCGCGUAGCAGUCAUCCAGUAUUCCAGUAGUGUUAAGGUUGAAUUCCACCUGAACACCUACGCGGACAAAACAUUUCUACAGGAAGCGAUCAGAAACAUAACAUAUAUUGGUGGGGGAACGGCAACAGUUUCCGCUCUGAAUGUCACGGAAAGUCAGGCUUUUCUUGUCGAAAACGGAGCACGACCGGACCUCAAUUCGAUAACACGUGCAGCAGUCGUCAUCACCGACGGCCGGUCGCAGGGACCUGCGGCCGUUGCUGUACCGGCAGACCGGGCCCGAGAGAAGGGCAUCACUAUAUUUGCCAUCGGGGUGACCGAUAAUGUGAACGUGGAAGAGCUGAAUGCCAUCGCUAACAAGCCAAACGACACCUACGUGUUUCACGUCAGCAAUUUUGACGCCAUUGACAAUAUCGUGGCCUCUCUCGAAGAUAAAACAUGCAAUGAUCCUACCCCUAUCCGUGGACCGGUGGUCAUGAACACUCUCGUCCAGGGGGACACGCAGUACCUACAGCAGGCCGUUUCCAAUGAAGGAGUUACCCUCGUCAUUGAAGCUGAUCAGGGCAACGUGGCCAUGUAUAUUUCCACCACCACGCCUAACCCCAACAAGGCAUUUUACGACUACCUUCUGAAGGCAACGGCGGGGCAGGGUAAGGUGGAAGUCUACAUCGGUCCCGAGGAAUUUGUGAAUCAGGGCAACCUCUCCAUCGAGACGGGUGGCGGAGGCGACCGAAUGCGGCGGCAGGCACCAGGACAGAACGACACUGACGAUGGCUCCCCAAUUGGCACAGUCUAUAUGACCAUAGAGGGCCUGCAGGAGACCAACAACUUUGUGCUGAGGGUUACAGAAGGUGAUGUCACUGAGCCUGUCACGACAUCUAUAACAAUGACCAGAAACAUGGCCACCACAAAAGAGUCUGGGACAAAGGCUGCGGCUUACUUAGCCGUCGGUCUGACAGCUCUCUUUACAACUCAGUUAUUGAAAUCAGAAAGCUUCAAACUCAACACACCAGAAGCUGACGACCUAUCCGUAUUACGUCACUCCUUAUCAAAAAACGAUGGAAUGCAGAUCAACAAUGGACUAAAACUUAUUUGUGCUAUGUAUGUGCCCCUAUACAAUGAGUAUUGCACUCAGGAGCAGGAAAAAAAUCAGCGUGCAACCGUUCCGUGUGGUUCCCUUCAAGCAAACAAUGCCAAAUUUUUUUUCCUAGCGCUUUUGAGCAUAGUCAGAAAACAGGAGGUGAGAGAGGCACGCUUUACCUUUUCAAAAGGGCUAAGUCAGCGUUAUUUUUCCCCUCUAUCACUUCCGUCUUUGGCCCUGGUUAUUGUUCUGAAUCUUUCCGCGCUUGGAUUCUGUCGGAGACAGGCAUGUGUAGUUUUGCAGCUACACACAGAUUCGAUUCUUGAAAUGGAAAGGAAGGCUAUUGGAGUGCUCCCCACAGCAAUUUUGCUUGUCGCUUUCCUGCCCCCGAUUCGAGGCGUGGGAAUCGACUUGACCGUCGUGGCCAACAAGUUUAAUACCACCGUCGUAGAAGCCACCAUUACGAAGUUGAACCGGUUGGCAGAGGUCAACGAAGACCUCCGGGCAAACAACCGCUUCCUGCGGCGUAUUGCCUGGGUGGAAACCGAGGAUGGCACGGCAGCUCACACCUACUCCGACCCGACCUACCACGGAGGAAUAUGGCGAGUGGACGAAGCUGUCUUUGACGCCACUACGCGGAUGGUGAACGAGCUAGUCCACCUCUCUAUCUUUGAUGACAUUGAGAGGCUCUUUUGCAUCCGCUGGAGCCGUGCUUCUUGGGAAGAUUGUCGGAAACCACUGUAUUCGGCUCUCGCUGCCCGGUUGUUCUUUCACAACCUAAAUAACGUCAUCCCACUGGCUUUGGAGGCUCAAGCUGACAAUUGGUUCCGGGAGUACCACGCACUACCAACGGUAACAGCAGAGACCUUUAUUCUCAAAGUCACGACACUGGAACAAACUGGAUGCAAUGCACGUGGUCUUGAUCUGCUUUUCGUUUUGGAUGGAUCUGGAAGCGUGGGCAGCGUAGACUUCAACACAACCAAGAAUUUCGUGCUCACCAUGAUCGACUUCUUUGACAUCGGUCCCGAUAAGACCCGCGUGGGCGUCAUCCAGUACUCCACUUUACCUCACAUUGAGUUCCACUUAAAGGACAACACUGAAAAAGCCCAGCUCAAGCGGGCUGCUGGAAACAUAACCUACCGAGCUGGGUGGACACACACUGGCGCAGCACUAAAUGUAAUGAGUAACACGAGCUUCCUACUGGAAAACGGUGCCCGCCCGCCGAGUCGGGGUUUCCCCCGCGUAGCCGUGGUCGUGACUGACGGCAAAUCGCAGGACAACGUUACGGAGCCAGCGGAGAGGGCGCGAGAUAUGGGCAUUGUGAUCUUUGCCAUCGGGGUAACGUCCUCGGUAAAAGGGUUGGAGCUUAACGCCAUUGCCAACGAACCAAACGACACUUACGUUUACCACGUCAACGACUUCGACGCCAUUGUCAAUAUUGCUGCAGCUCUGGAAUACACCACUUGUGAUCAGCCAACUGAGCUCCAAAACGGAACAGCUAACGGUUUCCUCGAUCGCAACGAGAAGCAAAACUUUCAGUAUGCUUAUACCAGCAAAGGCUUGACCCUGAGUCUGAAUGGAAGCCAAGGGUGCACAGUGGCUUAUAUCUCUGCCAGCACGCCCAACCCCAACGCGGCAUCUUAUGACUUCAUCUUAAUGGCUAAAGAGGGACAGGGAACCGUGACCCUCCACCUGACGGUGGACGACCUGAACAAAAAUUGCACGUCCGAGUUUGCCCGCGAGCGCAGAGAGAUGGCCCCAGAGAAGUAG